AUGGUGUAUCAAGAUCAUUUAACGAAAUUUGUCCAGUUACUACCUUUGAAAACUAAGACAGCUAAAGAAGUAGCAUAUCACCUUCAAAUAUUUUUAACAUUUGGUGCCCCAGCUAUAUUGCAUUCAGAUAAUGGUAGGGAAUUCUGCAAUAAAGUCAUAUCCGAACUAUGCGCCAUGUGGAAAGAUGUUAAGAUAGUUCAUGGAAAGCCUCGUCAUAAUCAAACACAAGGCUCAGUUGAAAGGGUCAAUCAGGAUAUACAGAAUAUGUUAACUGCAUGGAUAAACGAUAACGAUACAAAUAAAUGGUCAGACGGUUUGCCCUUUGUACAAUUUGCCAAGAACACUACAUAUCACGGAGGAAUAUGCCAAAGUCCUUAUGAAGCCAUGUAUGGUGUUAAACCAAAAAGAGUCAUAGCAUCUUCAUCUUUGCCUGGCGAACAAAUUUCAAAUAUUGAAACCGAAGAACAGCUCGAAGAAAUUGUUAAUACUUUUGAAAGAAAUUUGAGCAGUGGCCAUAACGAAUACCAUAUUCCAAAGGAAAAUAUUGAAGAGGAGCUGCAACCCACCACGUCUUCAUGUCAAGCCCUGACCAAACAACAUGAAUUUAUUUCUAUAAAAAGAGGGGCCGCGAAAGAGAAUAUUCUACAACAAGCAACAAAAAUGUUACAAACCUAA